AUGGGGUUUGAUCCUGAGAAGCAAUCGAUCUCUUCUGCUGGACAGGUUGGUGAUUCAUCGUCAGGUGGGAUUAGCUCAGUAAAGGAACCUCUGAUAAAGGAGAGCCACAGCCCAGAGAACUACUCUGUUCUUGCAGCCAUUCCCCCGUUUCUCUUUCCAGCUUUUGGAGCUUUGCUUUAUGGUUAUGAAAUUGGUGCAACUUCUUGUGCAACCAUUUCUAUCAAGUCGCCUACACUAAGUGGAGUUUCAUGGUACAACUUGUCUCCAGUGGAUGUUGGAAUAUUUACAAGUGGCUCACUCUAUGGUGCUUUGUUUGGCUCCAUGGUGGCAUUUAGUGUUGCUGACACUAUAGGAAGAAGAAAGGAGCUGAUUUUGGCGGCGUUCUUGUAUCUUGUUGGAUCCAUUGUGGCUUCACUAGCACCUGUUUUCUCCGUCCUAAUAAUUGGCCGGGUUAUUUACGGCAUGGGGGUUGGACUGACGAUGCACGCGGCUCCAAUGUACAUUGCGGAGACUGCUCCAAGUCAGAUACGUGGACGGAUGAUAUCACUAAAGGAAUGCUGCACUGUCCUUGGGAUGGUUGGGGGUUAUGGAAUCGGUAGCCUCUGGGUCACAGUUAACUCUGGUUGGCGUUACAUGUACGCAACAAGUAUCCCUGUGCCAAUUAUUAUGGGAAUUGGAAUGUUUUGGCUACCAGCAUCCCCAAGGUGGCUUUUAUUGCGCGCUCUCCAGGGGAAAGGGAACGUGGAGAACCUUCAAGAGGCUGCAAUUAAGUCGCUUCGCCGUCUUAGAGGGCCGGUCGUAGUUGACACAGCCGCUGAACAGGUAAACGAGAUCGUGGCUGAUCUUGCCUUUGUGGUUGAGGAUAAAGAGGCUACAAUUGGUGAAGUUUUUCAAGGCAAGUGCUUGAAAGCUCUCAUUAUAGCAGGAGGUUUAGUCGUGUUACAACAGAUAACCGGGCAACCAAGUGUCCUUUACUAUGCCGCAUCGAUAUUACAGACUGCUGGCUUCUCUGCUGCAACCGAUGCUACUCGGAUCUCGAUCCUGCUUGGCGUAUUUAAGUUGGUUAUGACUGGAGUUGCUGUUAUAGUUAUUGACAGACUUGGAAGGAGACCUUUACUUCUUGGUGGUGUUAGUGGCAUGGUGAUCUCAUUGUUCCUACUGGGCUCCUACUACCUCUUUUAUAAUACUGUACCAACUGUUGCUGUAGCUUCAUUACUACUCUAUGUGGGCUGUUACCAGAUAUCCUUUGGCCCGAUUGGUUGGCUGAUGCUUUCAGAGAUAUUUCCCUUAAGAUUAAGAGGUCGAGGAAUCAGUAUAGCAGUUCUUGUGAAUUUCGGAACAAACGCAUUUGUGACUUUCGCUUUCUCACCUCUUAAGGAGCUGCUAGGAGCUGGAGUGUUGUUCUGUGCAUUUGGAGUGAUAGCUGUAUUGUCUCUCUUCUUCAUAUACUUCAUUGUGCCUGAGACAAAGGGACUCACUCUUGAAGAAAUUGAAGCCAAAUGUCUUUAA